ACUGUUUUGCUGUUGCUUCCUAUAUAUUGUGAGAAAUAGAUAAACGAUUGCAUAAUCAAAAUGGCAGAAAAAAAUGGUGGUAAUCAAAGUCACAUUCUUGUUUUCUUUUUUCCAGUUCAAGGUCAUAUGAACCCAAUGGUUCAAUUCUCCAAGCGCCUAGCCUCCAAGGGUCAAAAGGUCACAAUAGUCACAACCACCUCUGCUAGCAAAUCCAUGAAAACAGGCUCUUUCGGACGCAACCUGAACAUCGAACUUGUUUCAGAUGGCUCCGAACAUGUUCAGCAAGGGUCGGAAACUAUGAAGCAAUCUGUCGAGCGUGUCCAAACUGAAACUACGAAAUCUCUAGUCGAGCUUAUCAAGAAGAUCAAGAAUAGUAGUGAUGCAAAUGAGAAAUACCUGCUCAAGUUCCUGGUUUACCAUUACAGCAUGCCUUGGGCUUUGAACAUAGCACGAGAGCAAGGCAUAGAUGGUGGUCCAUUUUAUACAACUCCGGCUUCGGUUAAAACCAUAUGUUACCACUAUCACAAAGGAGUACUGAAGCUUCCCUUAGAAGAGCCGACGAAAAAAUUGCCUGGCCUACCACCACUACAGCUCGAAGAUUUACCAUCUUUUUUCUCAGAUCCUAAUUCAGACCCAGUUUUCGUUGACAUUGCCAUGCAGCAAUUCUCCAAUUUGAGUGAAGUGAAAUGGAUCUUCCAUAGCACUUUCGAAAAAUUGGAAAAUGAGGUACUGGAAUGGAUGGCAAACCAAAACUUACCGAUCAAGGCGAUAGGACCUACAAUUCCGUCAAUGUUUUUGGACAAAAAGUUGGAGGAUGACAAAGACUAUGGUCUUAACCUUUUUGAGCCUAAUGUGGAGUGCAUGAAGUGGUUAGACUCCAAGGAAACAGGUUCAGUCGUUUAUGCAUCAUUUGGAAGUUUAGCCAACCUCACUAAAGAGCAAUUUGAAGAACUAGCAUGGGGUCUAUAUAACAGCAACCACAACUUCUUAUGGGUAGUUCGAGAAUCAGAAAAGGAAAAGCUCCCAACAAAUUUCGGAGAUAGGAUAGCGGAGAAGGGUCUUGUGGUGACUUGGUGCACACAGUUACAAGUUUUAGCUCACAAGGCUGUGGGAUGCUUUCUUACUCAUUGUGGAUGGAAUUCGGCUCUCGAAGCAUUAAGCUUGGGAGUACCAAUGGUGGGAAUGCCGCACCGGGCCGAUCAUCCAACUGUUGCUAAAUAUGUUAAGGAUGUGUGGAAAGUCGGAGUUAGGGUAAAGGUGAAGGAGGGCUCUGUGACAAAAGAAGAAAUAAGUGCAUGUAUUAGGCAAGUCAUGGACACAGACAAAGGGAUGGAGUUUAGAAAAGCUGCACUAGUUUGGAAGGAAUUGGCUAAAGAGGCAAUAGCUGAGGGUGGAAGCUCUGAUAAGAACAUUGAGGAAUUUGUGGCAAAAAUGAAGUUAACUUAAUUUUCUUUAUAUAAUGUGCACGCGCGCGCACACACACACACACAUAUAACCUAAAUUCUAAAGUAAUGUUAUUAGGGCUGCCACUCGGUCAGUUUGAAUCGGUUAUAACAUUACCAACUUCAAAAUCAAAGUUUUCGGUAUCAAAAGAGCUACUAAUUACCAACAUUACAAUAAUUAUUUUUGGGUGGUUUAUUGACACACCCAUUUUCUCUAUUAACACACCCUCUCUACUUUUCUAUUACUUUAAUUUAAUUUCUUUUUACAAAUUACCCUAACUAUGCUCCAUGUUUCUUUUUCUUUUUUCUCUUUUCUAUUUGGCAAGUCAAUCAGAUCCCUAACUUAUUUUCCCGCCUCCUUCUUUGUCUGUCUUCAAACCCUUAUUUUUACAAGAGCAAUUAUAGCCUUCUCAUUGACCAUGUCUAAGGCACACUUUGCCCCCAUUAACUAAAGAAAACUUUCUCUUCUUCACCUUCUUAGUCCCCACCGCAGUCGAUGCUGACUCUAACUAAAGUCAAUCAGAUCCUAAACCCUUAUUUUCCCACUUCCUUCUGUGUUUGUUCUCAAAACUCUUUUUCCAGAACAAUGAGCCUUUGUGACAAUCUGGAAAUCUUUAAGUACAUAUUUAUUUACAAAAUAUCAAUUCACUAUACAGUAGUAACUUUUUUGUCCUCAUAUGCAACUAUGUAAAUCCUAGUUACUAGUACCAAUUAAUGGCAAUAUAGUAGCAUUAUUAUGCUUGUGAACCUUCAUUGCAUUGAUAAAUUUGCUGGAGAUGUUGUGCUUAGGUAGUAGUUAAAAUUAUGCUAUUCUUGUACACAUAUGCUAGACAUAGUCAUUAGGAAUUUAUACAUUUUCCCACACUGUAGUUUAUCGACCUCUUUAUGAAAUAGUAGAGUGUAGCUAUAUAUAGCUUAACCGAGCAAAGAAUUAAUCUUUGGGAGACAUGUAUCUACAUUUAAUAUAUGAUCUAUUGUUAAGUACUGCAAUUUU